AUGAAGUACUCGAUUCACCAGUGGAAUCAACACAAUAAUGCCAAAAUUCAGCACGCUCAGCGGGCGAGAACGAUUGUCGAGGAUUUGCGAGAUGAAGCGGCUCGAGCCCUAGAAGAAACGGCUAAACACACAAGAAAUACCCAGCGCGCUGUAACCACGCGGCUGGACCAGCGGGUCCAAAAGGUCGAUCACUGGCAGGGCGAGAUUGAGAACAAGCUUCACGAACUCAACAAUGAAAUCGACACGCUGCUAAAUCUUAAGGACACAGUCGCCGAAGCACUUAAAGCCACUGUUGAACCGGUGAAGAUUAACCGUCACUGUCAAGCAUUGAGAGAGCAGCGAACAGAUGUCGACAAUGUCCAUGAUGUCGUCGAAAAAGAUCUUGCAAAAGAAAUAGACGUUAUUCUCUCAUCUAGUGAUAUUCUCAGCGACUGCAUUGAUCAAAUCACGGAGCAAAUAAGAAAGAACCGCUCUGCCAGAUACCACCUAGAAAAAGACCAAAAAGACAAACUAACGGCCCAUAGAAUCGACGACGAAGCUCAGCAGCUCCACAACAACUCGAAAAAUGCUCAGCGUCGUCCAAUGACUGCAAAAGUCACUUUGGAUGGAUACUCCACACCAUCGCAAUGGCAAAAUUUUACAGAAGUGAACGUAGCAAAGGCAGAAAAAGAAAGAGACAACUCUCGAGAUCUCCGAGGAGUUGUUGAGGGGAUUCUUCGACGAACGACAGAGAAUAUGACUGAAGCGAACCGCAAAACGUCCUUCCAAUUCAGCGAGCGCGUCAAAGAGACCAAGAUCGCGAAAAAAAAGAUGACGAAUGAGCUUGAUCUAGUGAUGAAGGAGGUGAGCGAGCUCGAGAAGUCAAUUCUUGACUUGGAGCAAGGCAUCAAGGCGAAAGAAGGCUCGCUGAUGGUUUGCGAAACAAGAAUGGAGAUGCGCCAGGGGCGGCCGAACUAUGAGUACUGCGUGGAUCAGCCGCAUAAGCAGCUUCGAGCCGAGAAUAAGGAAAUCAACGAAAAUAUUAAUCGCCUGGUGGAGCUGCUUCACGGUGCCACCGUGCAGAUGAAAGACCUCAAGCGACAGCAACUUGAGCUCCAGGAAGAGAUCAAGAUCAAAGAAAACACAAUUUACAUUGAUGAAGUUUGCUGCAUUGCUGAGAGGGAAUCGAUAAGCUUCAAGUUUUUCUAG